AUGGCGAACGCGCACCCGCGGCUUGGCGCCCGCGGCGUCAAGGGGGAGACGAUGUGCAAGACCGAGCGUUUUGAGAGAGACGACGAUCGGCGUACGGAGGAGGCGAAGCGCGUGGCUCCCAGCGACUCAGAAGACGACUGGGAAGACGAAGAGAUCCUGGACGUCCCUCCGCGUGCGCAUGCGGCGGACUUGCGCAAGCGGAAAGAAGACGUGCGCCGCCCGGCGGGACGCGUCCCCGCGAAGCAGGAAGAGCGCCGAGGGUUUCCGCAGGACGACGUAGAGAUGGCGGAAGAGGCUGGCUUGUCGCGCCAUGCGUCGUCUGAGCCCUCGUCGCCGGAGGCCUCUCCGCCGCAGGCGUGCGCAGACUUUGCCUGGCUUUCCGGAUUCCAGCGAAGCCGCGAUAACGCAUUUCGCUGCAAAGCCGCGACGUUCGCGUGGGAUGACGCCCCCGACAGCGACCCAGAUGCGGCCGCGGCGAUUCCUGCUUUCGAUCUUCCGCCGCAGCUGAAAGUCUUGAGACUCUCUAUCGACGGCGCCGUUCCCGGCGAGGCCACCACGCUUCUGCAGGCGUACCUGGACGCCCUGCAUCGCGUAGACGAGGCUCCUUCGGCGCGGACUUCGGCGUCGCCCGGCGAAGUCUCCUUUCCGCUGCCCGCCGCCAAGAAGCUCUCUCUGGAGACGCAGGAAUGCACAGUCUCCUACCAGCCGCCGCUGGGGGACGAGGUCCACAUCGGCAGCUCGCCGCAGCAUACGCAAAUUCUCUCUUCGCAUCGCUUUCUGGGCACGCUUCACUUCUCCCCUGCGCCCAAGAGCGCCGCACAAGACGGCGCGGAGCGGCACACGCCGCUGGAGAGCUCCGCCUGCGACGCCGCUCGCGCGCAGGGCGCCGCGCCAUCUGUCAACGCCGAAUUCGGCACAGAGCGAGGCAUCCCUCAGUGGCAAAAGGAGGCUUCCUUCGUGACCUGGCAUCGCGUCAAGCCCUACGGCACGGCGGAGAGCCCGUGUACCGGGUCUCCGGGGUCGCAGGCGGGUUCACCUGCCCCGCGGUCCAAGCCGCACGCCUCGUCCGCGAAGAGCGAGCCAGAAGAAAUGGAGGACGAGGAGGAAGUGAGCAGACACGAAGAAAAACGGAAGAAGAAGGAGGAACGCAAGGCAAAGAAGCACAGCUAA